AUGGUGGGAGAAAAGGAGGAAGGAAGAGGCCAGAGGGAAACACUGGAACGAGGAGUGCAGUGUGCAGUGGCGGAGCAGGACCUCAAAGCAAAGGAAGCGGAACUUAAAGCCAAAGAGGCUGAACUGGCUAGGAGGGAACAGGAAAUAAAACGAAAGGAAGAUGCUAUAUCACGCGCUGGAAUAAAGUUAGAGGUAAAAAAUUGGCCAUCUUGCCUCCCCAUCAUUCAUCACGACGUGGCAAAUGAUAUACCAAUCCAUCUUCAGAGGAUGCAGUAUGUUGCGUUCUCAACACUUUUGGGUUUGGUUUUGUGUCUUGUUUGGAACCUCUUUACAAUGCUUGUGGGUUGUUUCAACGGGCAAGGUCCUGCAAUCUUGUUCCUCGCUAUUAUCUACGUCAUUUGUGGCAUUCCUGGAGCCUACAUAUUAUGGUACCGCCCUCUUUAUCGUGCUAUGAGGACUGACAAUGCUCUCAAGUUUGGCUGGUUCUUCCUAAGUUACAUGGUUCACAUCGGUUUCUGCAUUUACGCUUCAGUUGCCCCUCCAUUUGUCCUUGCGGGACAUUCUCUCACAGGAUUUUUUCCUGCGCUAUAUUUCAUAGGCGACCAUCACAUGCUUGGGAUAUUAUAUUUUGUUGGGUUUGGAUUGUUCUGCGCCGAGUCUCUGCUGAGCAUCUAUGUUAUUCAGCAAGUACUAAUGUACUUCCGUGGAAGUGGCAAGGCUGCAGAGGCUAGGCGUGAGGCCGCCAGGAGCACCGUCAUGGCAGCUCUAUGA